UGUCGAGAAAACUUGUUAUACUUCGUAAUGGCGGAAAGGUUCUGAUCUGCAUAGAACACUGCUCAUAUUCUUCACUGUUUUGAUAUUGCUCAUAACUUUUGCUCAAGCUUGGUAGUGCCUCAGAGUGGAUAAGGAAUUUACUAAUAAGUGAUCACUAGAAAGGUUGUUCAGAGAGUGGAUCAGCCCAGAACUACUUCGAUUAAGUAUUUUUUUGGUACAUGUGUAAACCUUCGCUUUGAUUUGGAGUAUAAUAAGUUCCAAAGAAAGUAGCUUCUGUGGAAAGAAAACUUUGGUAUUGCCAGUUGGAUGUGGAUUGUCUUAGAAAGAGAGUAUUACUGAGCUGGCGUUGAAGUGAUACUGCCAAAGGAGGUCUUAGUAGGAGAAAUCGAUUGCACAUCCCUCGCAUUGUUUUGCAUUGUUUGAUGCUUCACUGCAGCUGUAAGGCUACGUUAUAGUUUUAACUUUCAAGUGGAACAUGGAUCAGUUUGAGAGAGGAACACUAAGCGCUUAAAGUACCAAGGAUUAAAUGUCGGCCUGUAAAAGCGUGAUAUAGACAAGUUGACCAGAGAAGGCUUCUUUCGAUUUUGUUUAAUUUAUCGAACUCUGGGCGCCCAGCGGUAGUAAGCUUGUUUCAAUUUUAUUCGCAUUGUCCUCCUAAGACAAGUUUAGAAUGCUCAUUUUCUUCUCUACCUUCGCCAAAUUUUGCUAAAAUAUAUAACUGAACAUCCAGUCGAUCGUGCAUGGCAAUAACUUGAUUUUACUCGAUGGAAAAGUACGAGAAUCUUGGCUUGGUUGGGGAAGGAUCGUACGGCAUGGUGAUGAAAUGCAAACACAAAGAAUCUAACCAACUUGUGGCUAUCAAGAAAUUUAUCGAGUCUGAAGAUGAUAAAAUGGUGAAGAAAAUAGCAUUGAGAGAAGUUAGAAUGCUGAAGGUAAGUUGUGGCCAUUUGUUUGAGGUGCUUUAUCUGUUUGCAUGUUUACAGUAUAUUGACACACUGUGUGACAUCUGUUUGAAUAGAACGUGUACAUGUAUAUUUAGGGUUAUAAUUUUCGGUAAGAUGUAAUGAUUCCUACAGUCAACUGUUCGCCGUAUUCAGCGCCAAAAGUUUUUUUAAUCACUUUUAUUUCAAACUGUGAUGCGGCUGAAACUUUGUGAAAAAGACCGUCUUUAUUUUCGCUAACUAACAAUUUAAUUUGGUUGCAAAUUUCGGAAAUUCAGUUAUGAUGCAAGACAACCGUUGGUAAAAUUUCCUCACAGCCCCGUACUGUUGUAAAACAAAUCUAUUUUCCCAAUGGCAGUGUAUUGUUUUUGUCAUUGUUUUCUCUAUCCAAGAACUGAAUGCAUAGUGUCGUCUGGAGCUGUGCGGAAAUUUUACCCAAUUGUUUAGUUUUUACCUAACUUGAAUAUUUGUAAAUAAACUUCAAGCCAAAAUUCCGGGGAUAAUGUUGGAAAAAUAGUGGUGUUGUCGCUAUCGUGAUCCAUUUAAUAGGUUCUUGGCGUCUUCAACUAAUUUUGUAAAUUUGUAAAUGAUCACAUUUCUUCUGUGGCUGUUAAAGUGGAAUAAUAAAUAGUGCAACAUCUCAACUAAAAACUUCCGAUGAAUUUCCGUUUCCUCUCUUCUUAUUGAGAAUGUGGCUAAUUUAAGAUAUCAGAUAUCGCUCUCUUCAAUCUUUAUACUUGUAAAUCCUUGCUUAGUUUUCUGUUCUUAUAAACUAAAUACACAGUACUUGAUCUGUGUAGGGACAGUUUAAUUUGUUGUGCAUUACAAACACCUUAAAAUAUAUUAAUGGCAAGUUGUAAGAGAAGAAGGUGGUAAUUUUAUCUACUGGCUCUAUCUAGUAAUCAAUGUGCACUCUGUAAUUUGUCAGUUGAUUUGAUUUUCCCUUUUUCUUCAGUAUUUGCAAUAACAUGUGAAAUAACUUAUCUUAUUAAAUAUUAUAUAAUGUACUCAACAAAUUAUCUCAUUCCUGAUUGGUCAGUGACAAUUGUCUCUGCUUGGUUUACCUGCUGGUAAAUAAUGGUUAGUGGUAAAUAAUUUAUUCAAAGGAACAUGCACAUAUUUCUUGAAUCUUAAAAAGGUUAUUGAGAAAUGUAGGCAUUGAACAUUCAAGGUAGCUGCAGAAAGUGGUUUUUGAAAAUAGUCCAAUAAACUAAAAAUUACUUGAAUAAUUCUUGUGCAUUUUGCUUUUUGUGGUUUUUCUUGCUGUUUUGAAAAAUUUCCAAAUUGCACUAUUAAGGGGGAUAGUAAUAUGAUAACAUUCUCAAGAUGGCUAGUGUUGUAGCUGAACCAGGACAAGUCACAAGAGAUGUUACUUUUACGAGUGUCUCACACUUGUCCAUCAGUUUGAAAACAGUGAGGGUUUUGGGGGAAGGUUUAAGGACCUACACAAUACUAUAACAUAGUGCUUAUGGCCUUUCUAGAAAGAAGGUACAGCAGGCACAUAACAAGUGCCUAUAUCUACCAAUCUGCAAUUGUUGAUAAUCCAUCUUUUCCCCUCAAAAUGUAAUUUUAUUAGGUGUUUGUUGUCACUAAUUGUAAAUAGAACUUUUAGAGCCAUUUUAUUAAACAAUUUUUAUUGAACAGAAUUAUCAGGUGAACAAAACAGCUGAACAAUUUAUGUACUGCUGUAGUGCCAUGAACUGUUUGAUAUCAUUCUUGCCAAGUCUAACCCUUUAUAUGCCAGUUUUCAAACUCAAAAGAAAAUUUUAAACCACAGUAGGUACAGACCAUUAGUGAGUUUUUGAUCAAUGUAAAUAAUGGUGAAAGGGCCUGUUAGCUCAACUCAAAGUGUAAUUUUUAAGGUUUAAGUACAUGUAUAUUUACCAUAGUUAUAUUUUCCUAUUUUUAGCCUUGAAAUAAGGAUCCUCCUUCUCCCUUAUGCACCUUUAAAGCAUGCAUUAUGUGUUUUGAUUGUAAAUUGAGCUUGUUAGGGAUGUUGAAGAAUUUCUGUCAAAGUUAUGUACUUUUUAAAUGUUGAAAUUUCUUGUUUUUCCUUUUCAGCAAUUACGACAUGACAACCUUGUUAAUUUGCUGGAAGUUUUUCGUCGCAAGAAGCGACUCUUCCUUGUGUUCGAGUUUGUGGAUCAUACAGUUCUAGAUGAACUAGAAAGAUAUCCUAAUGGCUUAGAAGAGAAUAAUGUGAGGAAAGUGUUAUGGCAAGUUUUGAGGGCCAUUGAGUUCUGCCACCUUCAUAAUGUAAGUUGGCAUAGUAGAACAAAAAUACAUUAAUGAUAAUGAGUAUAAGGUCACACCUUGUAAUCAAACUUCAUAUUUUCAUUACAGCAUCAUGACCUACAUGUUUUAUACCGAUUGAAUUUUCCAUGGGACAUGCUCCUCAAAUGUCAGUAGGGGCCCAUUGAUCACUAAUUAUGUCCCCUUUUCACACUUUGACUCCAAAAAUGAUGACAGAGACAGGAUAAUCUGGGAUUUAGAUAUUUUGUAUCAGGAUAUAACAAUGAGACAAAGUGUUUCUUGUUAAAUGAUGCCAGAUUCAAAAUUGGCAAGAAUAAGCUUGCCAAUCUUUUUAUCAAAUAAACUGAAGUUAGGCUUUGGAACCAGGUACAAUUUUGGCCCAGAUUGUUGCCCAAUAGUGAAACACAUAUAACUAAUUCUAAAUAAACUAAUUACUAAGUUGAAUAUGAUUAUGAUUUGCUAUAUUUGUAGUUCACUUCUGUAAUCACCCUUAACUUGAUUAAUGUUAAUAAUUCCAUCACAAUUUUCAUAGGUCACCUGUCCUGUCAUUUAACAUGGUUAUAAAUAAGUACAUUGUAAUGGCAUCUUUGGUAUGCACAUUUACUUACAAUGGUGGUAUAUUUGCUACUUUCUGCCUAUAACUUAGUGGACAUAUUGCAUAAUGUCAUUUUGUUAAGAGGAAAUUUGUGGUUUCUUUUUUUAGAUCAUCCAUAGGGAUGUAAAACCAGAGAAUAUUUUGGUGUCCAAGUCUGGUGUUGUGAAGCUGUGUGAUUUUGGGUUUGCUAGAACUUUAGGUUUGUAUAGCUAAUGUUAUUAAUAUAUCUCAACUGAUUAGAAAUAUUUUUGAUUGUUCCUUUAAAAUAUUUUCAAUCUAUUGAAAAUCGAAUGCAUUGUGUAGGAUAAAUGUCAUAUGUGUAUGUACAUUGCUUUACCAUAAAUGGAGGUAGAAAACUGUUUUCCAGUUAAAAGGGGGUCUUUCAUAACUACAAUCUCUGGCAAACUAGACACUAGUAUCUAAGAUGAUCAGACCACAAGAAAUAUAGAAAAUAAGUGUCAUGAUGUGCAUAAAACAUCUGUAUGUUGUUUGUUACAGCUACUGGUCCUGGUGAAGCUUAUACAGAUUAUGUUGCCACCAGAUGGUACAGAGCUCCAGAGUUACUUGUUGGAGAUACAAAAUAUGGCAGGUAACAAGUAGAAAUUUAUGCUUCAGUAAGCUCCACUUCUUCCUGCACCCCCCCCCCCCCAAAAAAAAAAAAAAAAAAUUAAAAAACACACUGCAGAAAAAUAACAACAAAUGGUUGAAUGCCAUAAUGUUGCUAUUCAUGUGGGAUUUAGGUUGUUAUAAGUAGUUUUGGUAGGUUUGAGAACAAAAUGGUUUUUUCAGUUUCAUAUAUGAACCCAACAAAAUAAACCCAUACUGAAUAUGAGUGGUGUUUUGGAGAGUCUGCAAUGUAUUUGGUGCCCAAGAAGUGAUCCAUUUGUGUCAUUACAGCUCCUUUAAUGUUCUUAGUUUUAGUCAAUACAAUUUACAAUUUGAUAAUCAUUAUCAGGGCCACUAAGUGGGUAAACAAAUUUAUUUACCAAAAGCAUUCUUUCCACCCAACAAUCUGAGGUCUCAACACUCUUGUUAAAACUUAGUUUGCUAGAAAUAGUGACCUGUCAUUUUUGCACUAAAUGUGCUUAAACAUGGAAAAAUUUGUUUUUUUCUCUCCCGAAAAUAACACCAAUGUGAACCAAACACAUCCCCCCUUAAAAAAAAAAAAUUGAAUAAAUCUGUUUCUUCAUAGGACUCUAAUAAAUAUGUUUUCUUAUACAGAGCUGUAGAUGUGUGGGCAGUGGGAUGCCUAUUGGCAGAGAUGUUAACAGGAGAACCUCUGUUUCCUGGGGACUCAGAUAUUGACCAACUAUAUCUUAUCAUUACAAAGAUUGGUGAGUUGAGUUUGUCACUAAACACAUGCUUACUCAUGUUGGGUCUGAUAACAAUUAGUUUGAAGUAUUCAAUGUGUAUUUCCACAGUUAAGUUGGAUGCAACUGGUAGUGUAGACCUUCAGGGGUGGGUUACUCUUAAAAACGUAAGAUUUCUUGUAUGAGACAAAUUAGCUUGACAGCACGCUACUGUUGGCUUCACUUUUAGUCAACAAAUAAAGGAGGCACUUUGCUGGAUUUGCCACUGUGAUUUCCUGAAAUCCUUUUUGGUGCCCCUCUGCCAAUCCAGCAAUUACAACUUUCUUUAUGCUCCCGUAUGGAGAGAGAAAGGAGCUGCAUGUCAUUGUAUGUCAUGUGUCAUACACUGACACUUCACCAUGUAGAGCUCCCUAAUGUACUUUUCUUUUGAGGACACUGGUCAAAUAAGUACCGCUAUGUUAAUUUCAUAAAAAUACACUAUAGCCAAUAUGAACCUUGAGAGUUUGUUGAGACCUUGGUGGUUAUUUUAAAUUACUAACCAUUUAUAUAAUGCAUUCAUAUAUUUCUACAGUGUAUCAGAAGGUAAAUUAAUGUAUUGUUCAAGCCAGGUUUGCUAAUAAUGCAUGAGGCAAGCCCGUUUACCUUCUUCAUUUGGAGUGUCCCAGAUAAAAGUUAGAAUUUUGUUAAGCAAGGUCAAAUGUAUUUUUACAGGUAAUCUGACAAACAGACAUCGAGAAAUUUUUCACAGAAAUCCCUUAUUUGUUGGCAUGAAGUUGCCAGAAGUAAAGGAGGUGGAGCCAAUCGAGAAACGAUUUCAUCGAGUGUCAUCUGCUGCAAUGGACAUUCUUAAGGUGAGUUACGUUGGCAUAAAGUUUUAAACACUUCAGGUCAUCAUGAUCGUGAAAAUCGUGUUCCGUUAAACUUGUCAAUGUAUGAACACUGGGGUAGCUUAAGCAGAUAUAUUUUUGUGAUGUUGACGGCGGCCAGAAGUUGAAAGUUCUUUACCUUGGCACUUACUACGUAUCUUGUGUCUGUUACAUUAAGAGUAAGAAGUAAAAACCAGGGCUUUUAAAUUGAAGGUUUAUCUCAAAGCGCGCCGGGCGGGUGUGAAAAAACUUUUUCGCUGAAAUUCCCUUCUACUUCAAUAUUUGCUAACGUACAGUCGUACCUCUAUCGAAGGGUACCUCUCUGCAUACAAUACAUACAACGGCAAACAACAAGCAAAAGAGCAGGCACGUGAAAGAAGAUGGGGUCAGGGAAAGUAAAACCGUUUCCCUUGUUACCAUAACCACCGUUUGUCACUCACCUGCUCUUUUGCUUGGUUUCUCCGACUGAGAGCCUUGACGUGUUAGCCCUAGCAGUAGAAUUUAAAAUGGUAGGAAUGUAAUUUGAACUGACAGACUCAAUGUACCUUACUUGUUUUGUUUCGUUAAGUUUUUUUGGUUUCCUAUUGACGUAUGUUGAUUGGUUUACUUACUGUUCACUAACCAUUUUCAUGGUCUUCCUCUUUCCCCCCCCCCCCCUUCCUCCUUCCCCUUAUGUGGCCACUGCAGAGUAGUUGUCCCGUAUUCCCUAAUGUUUAAAGGGCCUUUUAAUUACUGGAAAUAUAAUGGAAACUCUGGCUGUUACUGACGAAUGUCAAUUUCGUUUUUGUUCCAGCUGUGUCUCAAAAUGGACCCAGCAGAUAGACCAGACUGUUCAAAGCUUCUAAAACAUGAUCUUUUCAAGAAAGAUAAUUUUGGCGAGAAGUUUGCUCAGGAACUUAAAGUAAAAAUAACUAAAGAAACUGCAGAAAAUCCCCUACUGAGAUCGCUGAAUGGAAGGCAUGAUUCUAGAGAUGAAUCUGCGGAGGAAAAGGCAAAGAGGAAAAGGAGAAAGGAAAAGGUGAUUGUAUAUCAUUCUCAUUAAAUUGAUUUUUAGUUGAAACGACCGUCAUUAACCUUCCGUGUUUUAGGUGUUAGUCAGGUCUUGAGUAGUUUUUCCAAGCCAUUUACUGUAGCGACUAUGUUUCAAGUUAUGGUGGCGCGUUGUUAGUCGAGUAUUCCACAAAGGGUAAGGCUUGGUUAUCGACAUCGGUAAAAUUACUUGAAAUACGGAGGUUAGCCAUAGGUAAAAAUUAUCAGUUCGAGUUAUUGGGAUUCGCUUAUGAACAAUUAAAGUCAAAGGUAGAUGUAUGACCUUUUCAAUAUAAUAUCAUAAGUGUGUAACGUGAAUGGAUCUCAUAAUACGGACUCAAGUUUAUAUGCUAGUGACUGUUGAAUCAAUAAUGCAAUGUUAUUUUCCCAAUCUUUGUGGCAAGUAGAAAAAUUAAGCGUCGAAAAUUGAGUUCGAAUGGUAAAUUUAAGGUUCAUAUAAACUAAGGGAGCCUAACUUUGCUUUUACUGCCCAGGAACGUGAAGCAAAAGAUCAACGGGACAAAGAAGCGAGAGAAUCCAGGGAGGCAAAGAGAUUAGAAACGAGAGAAGUUCUUAAAGAACCUAAGAAACAUAAGGAGUCUAAGGAUCACAAGGAAACAACAGGCCUGGAGAAACAGAGCAAGAAGACUUUAUUACUUCCAUCGACAUCACAAAGUUCUUCUGUGUUACAGCAAGAGGUAGCAGCAUUACCGGUGACAAACCAUCAGGUAAAUUCACCGCCGCACACUCUGCAUGUUACCACGGGAGCCUCCACAUCAAAUGUACCGACAUCUUAUAGUGGGACAGCAGGAGUUGCGGCUCCACCUACACCACUCGACACUUUUGUUACCGGUCUUCCUCACGGUAAACAAUUGUCUCCUAUACAAAGUGCUAGUACACUUAGAAAUUCACCGCCCUUUCAACAGGAAUCGCCCGUGACAACAUUAUUAAAAGGCUCGAUUGGAUCAGUCACGUCUUCGCAGGGAACAUCGACGAAAGGUGGAAGUUCACAUACAAUAAGUUUAUCGAAGACAAAUAUUGGAUUGGGUGUGGUUGGACCUCGGCAUGAGUCCCCACCUGGGCCGCCUCCCUUCAGGUAAAUUAUUUUUCUGUUUUUGCUCAUCAUUUCUUAUUUGAUCUCAUGUUUGCAAAAAUUGUUUUAGUCGUUACUCACCAGGUGACAAGUUGCAGCGACUGGUCUCUGCGAUAAGCCGCUUAGUGUGCUUCCAAAUAAGUCGCAGUAACAACUCUCUUCAAAAAGUCAGUAAGUCGCACAAAUUCAAACCUACGUAAAUUCCUGCAUCUGGUCGCAACGAAAAGAUUCAGCAAAUGAACCGCUCAACCAAAUUAUCCAGAUCAUUUAUACGAUUUUCUUCUGCGCAAACAGAGGAGUAAUAACGGACUUACCGGUAGCUAUAACUUGCAUCAUUAUCAUGGUUUGAGUCAUCUACUGUUUAUUUUUUCAGGGUUGCUAACGACAGCAAAGUGAAGAAGACUCCCCCGUCAUACUCCAAAAAGAGCACAGGUCCCCCUCCAAACCACCACAGCACCACGUUAUAUCCCUCACCUGACUCUUAUUAUGAGCAAAAAACUUCAAGUAACUUCGAUCUCGGCAGCCGACAUGGUGAGAGGUCAUCAAUAGAGUCGAACUAUAAAAAGAAACGUGAUAAAGACAAGGAAAAAGAAAGGGAGCGGCCAAGAGGAGAGAAUGAAUUUCCACAUCUACCUGAUGUGCCAGGAGCAGAAGGUAUGGAGCAUAAGAACUAAGAAAUAUCCGUAAAUAGUCUAGUCGACCUCAAGAUCCUACGGAUGAUGCAUUCGUUUCUCAGGGCUUAGUGAUGUGCUGUCAGUGGGGUUUAGUUUCUCGAUGUUGGAACUUGUGCGACAACUUGAUCGCAAAUGGUGUUCUUUAAGCAGAUAUUGACUGCAUUCUUGUUUCUUAACUUCGAUUCCUCUUCUGGUAGCAUAGUGUUUUCCGAUGCUCACAUAACAAAACCUCGAUUGAACUGAAAUAUCACACGAAAAAAACUUAAAUUUAACUUUACAUUUCAUGGAUGAAUGCAAAUAACAGCGCGCUACUUUAAGAGGUAGUAAAACAUUUUUUACUGCUUUGUCGGUUUUCUUCUUCUAGCUGCUGUUUUAUGUUCUUUAGUAUUUGUUAAGAGUUGCCUGUUGAAGGUUUAUUUUUCUCUUACACGGAGGUUUUCAUUCCAAUCAAUUAGCUAAGAACAGCUAUAAGACUGGGAAGAGCUCGAAGAAUGCGAAAACUUCAAUAUCGAUGAUGCCACACAUUACAAACCUGACUCCAUUCCAAAACGGCACAUCACAAAGACAGGUAAGAUUUAAUCACAUUACCAAAUACAGGCUUAGGACAUGGGCAUCAAAAAAUGUUUAUUAGCGAAACACUUGUCUUUUUGUUUGUUUGUUUUUUGUUGUUGAUGUUUUUUCUUUUCAUGUUUUGAUGUAAUAACUGUGCUCAGGAAAACUCGGAUGCGUUGUGUUUUCUGACCGUCUUAUUUGCAAAACUCGUGUUAGGCGGCAUACCAUCUUACUGCUGACUACGCGCUCCUAGACAACCAAGAUCAAGUGAUCAUACUCUUUUCAGAACACAUUUUCUGUCUCUGCUAAUCAGAUGACUCUUAAUGACUAAUACCGUAUCCCAAUAAACUGUUGUUUGCUGUGGACCAAACUAACAGUGAUAUAAUUCAUUCGGUGGGAUUUAUUCAUGGCCCGCCGAGUAAGCUAUGCUACAUCUGCUACAUUCAAAAUCUUCAUCACUCGUAUCUAAACAACAACAGUGGACACACCGACUCAUUUUGUACCUAUUUUGUAUUCAUUUCGGCAGGGUACACCACCCGGAUAUCACCAGGGGAACAGUCAUGACUCCAAUCUUCCGUCCGUAUGAUACAUGGGAAUACCCCCUUUGGUGUUCUCAUACGAAUUGUUAUGUAGGCGAUGUUAUGCCGCGUUAGUUUAAAUGUAAGUUAAGUUUUAUUUAAUCGUUAUUAUAGUUUUAUUGUUAGAAAAUAAUAGCGUCUUUCAAGUAAUGAAAGUCGAGUUAGAUUGUUAGGAAACUUGUAAGGAAAACCAAGCAUGUUUUAUAUAUCGUUCAAAGUAUUCGUCUGACAUUUAUCAACGCAUAUUUUUAUUCAUACACGGAAAAGAACUUAAAUAACUAUAAAUUAAUUGAACAACGUUCAUUGUUAGUGUAUCAUUUCCUCACAGUACUCACCAUACGUAACUUAUUCAGAGGAAUAGUACGCGCUUGUACCGUCUCGCAUGUACAAGAAACGGUUACAAACCAACAAUGAAAUAAAAUAUCGAAA